CUCCCUCUCUCCCUCUCUCCCUGUAUCAGACGCUUUAACAGAUGCGCUGAGCACAGUUGCCUCUCUCUCGUUCUUGCGCUUGCUCUCGCACUGCCCCACUUGCAGACUUUUGCAGGUGGGGGAGGACAAAUGGCAGAACCAACUACCAGAAACAAACAAUCAAAUGGAUGAAGCCAGGACAACUGGAAUAAGAGAAAUCAAAAUACAGAUGGGAACUGCUAAAAAUAACUGCCACGCCAGAGACUGCCUUAAUAGCAUCCAUCAUGUCUCUUUUCUUUUUUCUAUCCUCUUUCAGGAUACCUGUUCUGAUCCAUGGGAUUAAAAAUGACUUAAAAUUCAAUCAACGGCCGAGGAGAGAGACGGAGGGAUGAAAAAGAGGGUUUGUCCUCUGAGCAGAUUCAGCGGCAUACAGCUGGUGAGAGCAAGAGUGAGGGAUCAUUAGAGAGAGAGAGAGAGAGAGAGAGAGAAAGAGAGAGAAAGAAGGUCUCUUCUCUUUUAAAGGAAGUGACUCGUCUGACUUCGCUUUCCCUCAGGACUAUUCUUCAGUCAAGGUUCAACGAGUCCAGUAAACAGGGGACAUUUUCUGUUACAGGACGUUAAGGACCUGCAACUCGGCGUCACUGAUGCUUUGCACCACAAGACUAUUGGAAACAUAUAAGGAAGAUUAUAAAAAUCUGUUAGAGAGACAGAAAACAAGAAGGAGUGAGGGAUAAGCACAGACAGGUUAAAAUGAAUCGAUGAACAGAAGAGGCAGGUGGAGAGAAGGAAGAGUGAAGGAAGUGCCAGAAAAAUUAAGUGGGGGAAAAGCAGAAGAGAGACAGCAGAGCGAAAAGCAGGCUGGCAACUGGAAGACCCUGCGAGGAAACGUGCUGUGUGUAAUGACCCCAGAUGAGAGGCUCACAGCCCGGGAACAUUCUGGAAAAACAGUGAAUAAAGUUCAGCGUGUUUCACAGCAAAGCUUACAUGGAUACAAAUGUGCAGCUGCAGGCCUAACGCUGUCUAAAUCCUGGUGUGUGUGUAUGUGGAGAGGACAGACACUCUGGGCCAGAACAGAGGAUACACACCUGGACAUGGAUAUGGGCUUGAUCACACACAUAUACACACCUACACAAAGGCCUGGAAACACACUCAUGACUUCAGACAUGAGCUGAUUGAGUCCUGCGACUGACACAGACAACGAAGGUCUGUGGAUUAACCCCCCUUCUACCAUGCAAGCCUCCCCACCCCCUCAAUCUGAAAAAUCACACCCAUCCCUCAUUUUACAUCACCAUUCAAGUAAAACACCCUCCUCCUCUCUCCCCUUUCAUCCAUCAACCCAUUCUUACUCAUCCAUCCUUAAGCCUUCACCCAAACUCCUACCAUCAGAUACACCUCUUUGUCCAAAAUACAUCUGUGGUUUUCUUGCCCAGUCCAUACCAUCCCCAAGCCCACAUCUACCCUCACUCCAUUGGCUGACACUGGUCACAUGUGCCUGCUUGCUACCUGCUUUGAUUGGACGGAUUCCUGGAGCACUGGCAGGGGAAACGUGGGGCGUAGUUUCUUCAUGCCCAUUUCACUGUGUGUGCCGGAACCUUUCAGAGUCUCUGAGCACACUCUGUGCGGACAAAGGCCUCCUCUUCGUUCCACCAAACAUUGACCGCAGGACUGUCGAGCUCCGCCUUGCUGACAACUUCAUUAGAGAAGUGGGUGGCACGGACUUUGUCAACAUGACCGGAUUGGUGGAUUUAACACUGUCACGAAACACCAUCAGCUACAUCAAACCAAUGGCAUUUGCAGACCUUGAAAGUCUCCGCUCUUUGCACUUGGAUGGAAAUCGACUGACGGCACUUGGUCCGAGAGACCUAGCGGGUAUGCUGAACCUGCAGCACCUCAUUCUAAACAACAACCAACUUAUCAACAUUUCCUCUGAUGCCUUUGAUGAUUUUCUCCUCACACUGGAAGACCUGGACCUGUCUUACAAUAAUCUGCGCAAAGCACCAUGGGAAGCCAUCCAGAACAUGGCCAGCUUACAUACGCUCAAUCUCGACCACAAUCUCAUUGACCAGAUUGAAGAAGGUUCCUUUGGUGAGCUCUACAAACUGGCUCGGUUAGACAUGACUUCCAAUCGCCUUCAGACUCUACCACCUGAUCCCCUGUUUGCCAGGUCCCAGACAGGAGUGAUCAGCCCUACACCCUACAAUUCAGUAAUCAGUUUGAACUUUGGGGGAAACCCUUUGCACUGUAACUGUGAGUUGCUUUGGUUACGGAGAUUGAUUCGGAGCGAUGAUAUGGAGACUUGCGCUACUCCGAUCCACCUGGCAGGACGCUACUUUUGGUCAAUACCUGAGGAGGAAUUUACCUGUGAGCCCCCGCUUAUCACUCGUCAUACACACAAACUCUGGGUCUUAGAGGGCCAAAAGGCAACACUCAAAUGCCGAGCUAUUGGAGACCCUGAACCAGUAGUGCACUGGGUCUCACCUGAUGAUCGGAUUAUUGCUAACUCUAGUCGUACCACCUCAUUCCGGAAUGGGACCCUUGAAUUCCUGGUGACUGUGGCCCGUGAUGAUGGCGCAUACACCUGUAUUGCAAUCAAUGCUGCAGGUGAGGCCACUGCGAUUAUCGAUCUUAAGGUCAUCCCUCUUCCUCACCGAGGGAAUGGGACAGUGUCUUUAGCCCGUGACCCAGGGUCAUCAGAUAUUACCAGAGGAAAAACAUCCAAUGGGCAGACCCCCAGCCAGGACACUAACACAGACCCACAGGAAGGUAGAGAAGAAGUAGAGGCAGAGGACGGAGGGAGUGAAGGAGGAGAGGACCAGUUUGUGGAGGUACAGGGGGUGACCUCCACCUCAGCACAGGUUCGGUGGGAUAUAGGCAGACUUUCAGGUGCUUACUUGGUUUGGAUGUACCAGAUACAGUACAACUGCACUGCAGACGAAACUCUGGUGUACCGAAUCUUGCCCUCUACGAGUAACAGCUUCCUCCUGAAGAAUCUGGUCUCAGGGGCGGACUAUAACCUGUGCGUUUUGGCCAUUUUUGAUGACACGGUCACCUCCAUGGCUGCGACAAAGGUUCUUGGAUGUGCGCAGUUCAGCACCAAGGAUAACUACCCAGACUGCCGUUCACUCCAGGCCCACUUUCUGGGUGGGACCUUGACGAUCCUGGUGGGAGGAGUCGUCGUGGUUACUCUACUGGUGUUUACCGUGGCGCUUAUGGUGCGUCACCGGGUCUGCAGUAACCACAACAAUCAUCAUGGCGCUAGUGGGGAGGUCGGAUGCUCAGGAUCAGACUCGUCAGCCCCAGGGAAGGGAGCCAAUGUUUUUUCACAGAGAAAUAGCAGUGGGGAGGUAAUGAUGGUGGUCUUACCUAAUGGGCUUCCUCAAAAACAAAGAGGUGUGGGAGGAGGGGCGGAGUCAUCAUCGAAGCUAUCUCCCACUCAGAAACCCCAAACACUGCCUAAGCCCAAAGUGAAUCUGGAGCAGCUAAAGGCAGGGGCAGGAUCACAGAAGGCACUUCCACCUUAUACCCCAGAGACUGAACGAAUGCCAAUGUACUACACCCCCAAGAAGCCGUCCCCAUCUACACUGCCACGCCAGUCACGUCAGUCAGAGGCAGGAUUGACAAAACUCCAUUCCACAAACAGGGAUAUAGAGAAACAGGCUAGUUGUAGCCUUGUCCUCCCAUCUCACAGUGAUCGGAGGUUCAGCACAGGAGGGUCUGUUGUAGUCCGCCGAGGAGGCAGAGACAGCGCAUGUAACUCAGAGACAGCCUAUCAGAGCUCAGGUCUAAGUGUUGCACGGCACAGACGCAGCUCCUCGUUCGACAUGGGCAACAUGGCGGCCACAACCUGCUAUAGUUACGCCAAGCGGCUGAGUGUCAUCUGGAGCAAACGGAGCCAGUCACUACAUGGCAUGCUAGCCCAGUGCGCCUCCACGAACAGCAUCUCCACCACUAGCAGCAGCAGCGGGGAUUUCCAUGUGAGACACACACGUGGCGCCAUCCACGCCUACAAAUCCAACACCAUGCCUUCAAGCAUAGCCAGAACACAUACAGAGCAAAGUAGAGACAAAGGUAAAGAGAAAGUAAAGGCAAAAGAUAAAGGGGAAGAACUGGAGGAAAGUGUGGUGUAGACAGAAAGGGCUACACGUUGAAGCAAGAAAUGUAGAGACCUUAAAAAUGAGAGGGGUGACUGUGGACAGACAUAGAUGAAAGAAGGAGAGUUAAAGAGUGCAACAUGAGGUGGGAUACGUGGGAGUGGAAGGCAGGCUAAGGGAAAGGUUGAGUGGAGAGAUGAGAGGUGGAGAAAAGAUGUCACGGUAGAAAAAAGGAACAGACAUAAAAAGGUACAAGGAGGGAAGUAGGAGGAAAAAGGAGAACAGAGUCAAGAAUCAGGCUAAUGUCAAACGGACUAAAAAAGAGUGAACACAUUGGUGCAUAUCCUACGGGACUGGUGUCUAAGUGGAUUCUGAACCAACACAGAAAUUCAGUCUCUCCAAUGAGCCUAUAAAGUGUGAAUAGAGGAGCUAAAUAAAGACCAGGUAUUUGGCCUAUUUUCAAACAACAACAAAAAAAAACUUCUAACGCACGCGGGCAAAGGGACAGACUGAUGGCAUUUGAGCAAUGAUCAAUUAGCUAUCCUGUCACUGGGAUUAUGGAAGCAGAGGCGCAGCUGGAAAUGCCGAGUCAUGCCCAAUCAAUCGGAUAUGAUCCACAGAUAGAGAGAGAGAGAGAGAGAGAAAGCUGCCUUUGCAGCAACCUGGGAGCAAACACAAAGAGGCAUGGGCGUGAAAUGCAGGACUGGAAUGAUGAUAAAAUGAUUGGGGACAGAUUUAGCGCAUAGACAAAUAAAUGACCAUUGACUGAGGAUGAAUGGGAUCAGUUACAGUUUGUGGAUGUGUGUGUGUGUGUGUAUGUGUGCAUAUGGAGCAGUCAGUGUAUAUGGAAAAGGAAGAAGACUCCUUUUGUUUACUUCUGUGAUGCUCCAUUUAACUAUAAUCAUGCAGACUGUGGUCUGAUGAACUGAUACUGAUCCGUUAUUGUGGCCAGGGUCAUUAAAAAUACUAUAAGGUGUCAUUAAGACUAUAUAGAGAGAUUAAAAACAAAAAACAGGAAGGAAGAAACAAAGAAAGAAUAAAUCCCUUGAAAGUCUGUUUUGUUACUAAUUUUCAUGAGUGAUAAUAGAGCUAAAAAAUACAAUUUUGUUGCAACAAUCUUUCAUGAUUUUUAGUUAUCAAUAUGAUUGUAAUUAUCAUUGAGCUUAGAUGAAAAGAGAACAAAAUUAGCAAGUUCAAUGAUAAUAAUAACCAUCCUGAUGAUAAUGUUUUUGUUUGAUUUCCAUUUUGCCAAAGUAAAUAUUGUUACCUUGACUUGAUAUUCUAAAUGAUGAAAUAAAACAGAAAAAUAAGAUCA